AUGGGCGUCCACGAGGGCCGCGGCUCAGCCACUACCGGCCCUCAUCCGCAACGAGCAACUGCUCAGGAUGAUCUGGUAAUGAAUACCAACAAUAGCAGCAUUGUCUCAAAAAGAAGUGUUGAGCGUCUCUACUACCCGGAUGAGCCCCAUUUCUUCCGCUUCUUCGUCAAGAAAUUCCAGCGCAGAGCUCCGCUUAUCAAUAGGGGCUACCAUCUCAGGCUUCAUGUCAUCGACGUGGCCUUGCGUGACUUUCUAAAGCAGCCCUCAGGAAAGAAAAAGGUCAUCGUGAAUCUCGGCUGCGGAAGUGACGUUGUUCCCUGGCAGUGCUGGACUCGCUACCCAGAGCAUUGCAUCGCAUCCCACGCCGUUUUUGUCGAUGUUGAUUUCCCCGAAUUGGCGAGGCUGAAGCGUCGAACAAUCCUCGAAACACCAGAGCUCGCGUCCCAGCUGUCCCAGGUCCAGGCCGAGGAAGACGGGCCCCUCCCUAGCUUGUUGCUGCGAAGCAGGGACUAUCACCUCGUAGGUUGCGACUUGCGUGACCUGUCCGUGCUGCAGCAGUCCUUGAGCCUCAUCGCAAAUCCCGAGGAGUGCGUCUUCUUCUACAUUGCUGAGGUGUCGAUUACGUACAUGGAGUCUCAUUUCGCAGACGCCUUGAUUCAGUGGGCGAGCACCCUUGGUGAAGCCGAAUUCUUUCUGCUCGAGCAGAUCCUCCCAGACGGCCCUGGCCACCCUUUUGCCCGUACCAUGAUGGAUCAUUUCAACAAGCUCGCAGCGCCCAUCAAGUCAGUGGCUGCCUAUCCAGAUGUGUCUGCACAGCGCGCGCGUUUCUCGGAGAGGGGCUGGUCACAAGUCCGCGCUCAAUCCCUCUGGUCAGCCUGGAAUGAUGAGCAUUUCCUAUCUGCGGAUGACCGGCGAAAGCUGGACGAAAUCGAGCCCUUUGACGAAUGGGAAGAGUUUUGUCUUUUCGCAAGUCACUAUCUUAUCUUACACGCCGCAAAUCAUGGAAAGCAAGACCUGGCCCCCUUUGAGGCCGGUGACACUCCCGAGAUCCCAGGAUUCGUGGCCACCACAACCUAUAAGCCACUCACCGGCCACCACGGCCUCCGUCGAUUUGGCGCAGCCUUGAUCCUGAGCGAUAGACUGGGGAGGAGAUCCAUUCUGAAUUGCAUGGGUCUUGGACCUACCACCCGUCUUCCGUCGUACGACAUCUACAAGCUUCACGGCCCCGGAGGCGGCAUUAGAGCAGACUCCACGGGGCCCUCGAGUCGUAUGUGCCAUUCGACGACAGACCUUGGCGUGCAUGGCUAUCUUAGUGUCGGAGGUCGAAACUCUCCAUCUCGGGCCAAGAAUGAUUGCUGGCUAUUGAGAAAGGAUUCACAUCGAUGGGAGCGAACUCGAGACCUACCGAUUCCGUUGUAUCGCCACUCUAUCUGCAGACUCUUGGGCUCUGCAAUUGCUCUCCUGAUUGGAGGCAAGCAAGAUGCGGCCACCAUAUCCAGUGAGAUCAUGGUGUUCCAUCCGGACAAGGGAUGGGUGUUGUGCGUGAUUCGCGGUUCUGUCACCCCACAGCCAGUUUUCGGUGGUAUGCUCACAUGCUGUGCACGUGAGCAAGAUGGCAGUCCUGUCUUUCAUGGGUUCCUCAUGGGGGGUAUCUCCGACGGUAUCAUACAGAGCCAAAUGCUGGCCUGGACUCUAGUUCUGAGCGAUGAUGAGGCCCCUUGCAUUACUUUUGCGCCUGCAGAAGUGGAUGAAGUUUCUACCGCACUCCUGGCUCGAUUUGGUUCUAGCUGCAUCCAGAAUGAGGACUCUUUGGUUGUCCUGGGCGGCGUCGGCCGUGACGGAGUGAUCCCACGAAACCGUGAAGUUCUACUCUGCUCUGUGACAGGUCCCCGAAUACGGGUUGUUGGAGCGGGUCCUAUCCCGGACGGCGAACAGGAUGGAGAGAUGCCGCGGCCACUGCUCGUGGGGUCCUCGAUUGUGUCACCGCAAGACGGACAGGUAGUCAUAAUCGGCGGUGGGGCCACGUGCUUUUCCAUGGGUUCAUUCUGGACCAGAGGCUCGUACACAUUAUCAAUCGAUAGCUUAAGCAGGGGCAAACAAUCUCGACUGUCACCGCACCGGACGGGUUGGGAGUUUUCGGGGGCUGGCGAGAUAGAACCGCAGUCCUCAAGCGCCUCAGCGAGUGGCGUGGACAGCCAGCCCACUGACAUCAAGCCCGUUCCCCGCGUCCAUGUCUCCUCGAAGGAAUCAUUUGAGGCAAUUGUCAGACAGGGCUUGCCCGUCGUGAUAGAAGACUUGGACAUAGGCCCCUGCCGCAGCAAGUGGACACUGGACUACCUCACCAGACAGGUGGGAGAUCGCAAGGUUGUUGUGCACGAGUGCGGUGUGCGGAACAUGGAUUUCAAUGCCAAAAAUUUCCGAUACACCACGAUGAGAUUUGGUGACUUUGCUAAAGAGAUCCAAAGCGGCGCACGUCUCUAUCUGAGAGCCCUCUCGGCCAACGCCCCCGCUGACCAGCCUGCCAACCUUGCCAACGACUUUCCUGAAUUGACUGCUGACUUCUCGCUCCCCGAGGCGCUUGAUAUGUGUCGGGAGAAUAUGCACAGCUCAGUCCUGCGGGUUUCCGGCCAGGUGGACAUGUGGCUGCAUUACGAUGUCCAGGCAAACAUCUACUGCCAGGUGAGCGGGUCGAAGAGAAUGCUCCUCUUCCCGCCGUCAGACGUGGUAAAGAUGUCCUUUGCGCCGGGAGCCUCGAGCUCGAGCAUUGAUGUGUUCAGCUGCCUCGACUCCCCAGCACUACGGAACACUCGUCCGUGGGAGGCAUACCUGAGAGCAGGCGACGUCUUGUUCCUGCCGCCCCUGUGGUUGCAUACCGCCACGCCCACUGGCAAGUCCAGCAUUGCGCUGAAUGUGUUCUUCCGCGACUUGAAGUCUGGGUAUUCAACCGGACGUGAUGUGUAUGGGAACAGGGACCUCGCGGCUUAUGAGAAGGGUCGGCUGGAGAUUAGUCGCAUUUCCAAGGCAUUUGACAGGGUUCCCAUGGAGGCCAGGCAGUUCUACAUGCUCAGGCUUGCCGGGGAGCUCGCUCAAGCCGCUGAGGCUGGCCAAUAA